GCCCAUGCACAAAGGACCCGUGGGGCCGCCCUUCCGCGAGGGCAAGGGCCAGUACCUGGAAAUGCCUCUACCGCUGCUGCCGAUGGAUCUGAAAGGAGAGCCUGGCCCCCCUGGGAAACCCGGGCCUCGGGGGCCCCCUGGUCCUCCUGGCUUCCCAGGCAAACCAGGCACUGGGAAGCCGGGGCUCCAUGGGCAGCCUGGCCCUGCCGGCCCCCCAGGCUUCUCCCGGAUGGGCAAGGCUGGUCCCCCAGGGCUCCCGGGCAAGGCUGGGCCACCAGGGCAGCCAGGGCUUCGGGGGGAGCCAGGGAUACGAGGGGACCAGGGCCUCCGAGGCCCUCCAGGGCCCCCUGGCCUCCCUGGACCCUCAGGCAUUGCUGUUCCUGGGAAACCAGGCCCUCAGGGGGUCCCAGGGCCCCCAGGAUUUGGGGGGGAGCCAGGGCCCCAGGGGGAACCUGGGCCUCCAGGUGAUCGAGGUCUCAAGGGGGAUAAUGGGGUGGGCCAGCCAGGGUUGCCUGGGGCCCCAGGGCAGGGGGGUGCCCCUGGACCCCCUGGCCUCCCUGGCCCAGCUGGCUUGGGCAAACCAGGUUUGGAUGGGCUUCCUGGGGCCCCUGGAGAUAAGGGCGCAUCUGGCCCUCCCGGGGUGCCAGGACCCAGGGGGGAGCCAGGGGCCUUGGGCCCAAAAGGGCCACCUGGGAUGGACGGGAUGGGGAUUCCAGGGUCAGCAGGGGUGCCAGGGCCACAGGGCCCAGCAGGGGCCAAAGGGGAACCAGGGACCCGGGGCCUCCCUGGUCUGAUAGGCCCCACUGGCUAUGGGAUGCCAGGAUUGCCAGGCCCCAAGGGGGACAAGGGCCAAGCUGGGGUCCCCGGCUUCUUGGGGGACAGGGGUGAGCCAGGUGAGGAUGGGGAACCAGGGGAACAGGGCCCACAAGGCCUUGGGGGGCCCCCUGGACUCCCAGGGUCUGCAGGGCUCCCUGGAAGACGUGGGCUCCCUGGGCCUAAGGGGGAGGCAGGGCCUGGAGGACCCCCAGGAUUGCCUGGCAUUCGGGGUGACCAGGGGCCCAAUGGGCUGGCUGGGAAACCUGGGCUCCCAGGAGAGAGGGGGCUUCCAGGGGCCCAUGGACCCCCUGGACCGACUGGGCCCAAGGGCGAACAGGGUUUCACAGGUCGCCCUGGGGGACCAGGGGUGGCAGGAGCCCUGGGGCAGAAGGGUGACUUGGGGCUCCCUGGGCAGCCUGGCCUGAGAGGCCCCUCAGGAAUACCAGGACUCCAGGGCCCAGCUGGCCCUAUCGGGCCACAGGGUCUGCCAGGCCUAAAGGGUGAACCAGGCCUGCCAGGGCCCCCUGGAGAGGGGAAAGUGGGGGAGCCUGGUGUGGCUGGGCCAACAGGCCCCCCUGGGGUCCCAGGUUCCCCAGGACUCACAGGCCCUCCUGGGCCUCCGGGGCCUCCUGGCCCCCCUGGCGCCCCGGGGGCCUUCGAUGAGACUGGCAUCGCGGGCCUGCACCUGCCCAAUGGUGGCAUGGAGGGCGCCGUGCUGGGCAAGGGCGGCAAGCCGCAGUUUGGGCUGGGAGAGCUGUCGGCCCACGCCACGCCUGCCUUCACCGCGGUGCUCACCUCACCCUUUCCUGCCUCCGGCAUGCCUGUUAAGUUUGACCGGACUCUCUACAACGGCCACAGUGGCUACAACCCGGCUACCGGCAUCUUCACCUGCCCGGUGGGUGGGGUCUACUACUUUGCUUACCACGUGCAUGUCAAGGGCACCAAUGUGUGGGUGGCCCUGUACAAGAACAACGUGCCCGCCACCUACACCUACGAUGAGUACAAGAAAGGCUACCUGGACCAGGCCUCUGGCGGCGCUGUGCUCCAGCUGCGGCCCAACGACCAGGUGUGGGUGCAGAUGCCCUCGGACCAGGCCAAUGGCCUCUACUCCACCGAGUACAUCCACUCCUCCUUUUCAGGGUUCUUGCUCUGCCCCACAUAACCCAGGGGCGCUGCUGCCCUGGCCUCCUCCUCUUUAGUGGUAGAGAGAACUUCUCAGUUACAAAGAACCUGCAUUUAAAGAAAAAACCAAAGGCUGAACAGAGGUGGGCACAGAGGCGGCCAUGGCCUCGGCCUUGGCCUCGGCCCGAGGAGACUGACUUGGUUUCUCCCUCCAUGCAGGCUGAGGUGGUUUCUGGAAGAGGCUGGCCUGAGUUCCUCCUCUCCCCCCAGUGUCUGUGCAGUGUCGGGGUUGGGAUCCCAUUCCUGCCCUGCCUGGCCUGCAGGCAGGGCCCCAGGACACUCGGUCCAGCGGUGGGAGACUCUGCCCCCUGAGUCCUGGGCUCUCCUGGGUGGUGAAACGCUGCUUCUCUGUGCAUCAGAGCUGAGGGGACUGAGCUCCCCAUCCAUCCCCUCGGGGGGACAUAUUCCCAAGCCCUGGCCUUCCUGCUGGCCCCCAGAUGGUACCUGCUCAAGGAAAGGGGCAUGGCCUCUCUGUUAUUGGCUGGGGCUCUUCCAGCUCCCUGGGACCUCCAGCAUAUGACGGUGGGUCCCCUGAAGAGUCUGUUUCCCUCCAGGGGUAAGGGAAGGAGGGGGCCAUUGGACCCCCUGCCAGGACUGCAAUCCCCGGGGUGAUGCUGUGGCAUCAGGCAUGUAGAGGUGUGGCCCCUUCUGCAGGCUCCUGGGAAGGGCCAUCCCCCUCUCACGGUGCCCGCUGCAGCCAUGGGAAUGGUGGUU